GGAGACAGCAGCCCAACACCAAAAGCAACAGGUUGGAGUACUACUACUACUAGUAAACAAAUUUCGAGUGGCCAGCAGCCAGGAGGAUCCAUCUCCCUCCCUCGCGGCGUUUCUUGGAUUUGGCUCCGGAGGAGGAAUCCGGAGCGCCCCAUCCGCGUCUCUCGAUCGAAUCGCCGGCCCCCCCGAUCCCGUCGCCCGGUGCGGUUCGAAUUCGGCCCGGAAUUGGCGUUCGGUUCGGGGGCGGGGCUGGAUUCUUGAUUGGCUGGCCGGGUUGUCUCCGCGGGGAGGCUCCGUCCGCCGGGAAUCGCGCCUUCCUCGUCUGCCCAAGGGAAAUGUGCUAACGAGGGUCUGAUGGGGCGUGAUGGAGGGCAGGAAAGAGAGGGGGAGAUCUCGUAGAGUGUUUCGGCGGAUGGCGAUGCAGUGCCUCUGCUCCGGGGAGCAGGCCAAUCUGGUGGAUGAGCUCAACCCGUCAAAUGGCGAAAUCGAGUUGUAUGCCAAAAAUGACGGCCUUCGGGAAGCCGAGUUGUCUCUCCAGGAGGGUGGAUCCCUUAACUAUGAGGAAGCAAGGGCAUUGCUUGCAAAAGUCGAGUACCAACAGGGGCAUGUUGAAGAAGCACUUCGUGUGCUUGAUGGGAUAAACACGGCUGAACUAAUUCCUAUGGUGAAAAUGUCCAUCUGUAGAUUAGCAAGGGCCGAUCCACAUUCCAGUUAUCCACCAAUGUCCUUGCAUACUGUUAAUCUAGUAAUGGAGACCAUAUAUCUCAAAACUAUAGCACUUCGUGAUCUUGGGAAGUUCAAAGAAGCUGCACAAGAAUGCAGUACGAUAUUGGACGUUGUAGAAUCGGCACUGCCUAAGGGCUUACCAGCCAAGUUUGGAGAUGGUAGUAACUUGAAUGCAACAAUACGCAGUGCCGUUGAGUUGCUUCCUGAGCUAUGGAAAUUAGCGGAUUUCCCUCCUAAAGUGCUCUCUUCAUAUAGGGGGGCUCUUCUUAGUAAUUGGAAUCUGGAUGCAAAGGCCAUUGGUAGAAUACAGAAGGAGUUUGCUAUUUUUCUCCUAUACAGUGGCUGUGAGGCCUGCACUCCACCUCUUCGAUCCCAAUUGGAUGGUUCAUUUGUACCUCGGAAUAAUUUGGAGGAAGCUAUUCUUCUUUUGAUGAUUUUAUUGAUGAAAUUCAACCUUAAGAGGCUUGAGAGAGACCCAACUGUGAUGCAUCAUCUGACUUUUGCAUUGUCCUUAUCAGGACGGUUAAAACCUCUAGCCGGUCAGUUUGAAAAACUAUUACCUGGUGUGUUAGACAGCAGAGAGUGGUUGUACAAUGUUGCACUGUGUUACCUAGCAGAAGAAGAUGAUCUAGCUGCCCUCAAUCUGCUCAAAAUGAUACUAAGAUUUGGAGAGGACCCCAGUUGUCUCAAAGAACUUCUUCUAACUUCAAAAAUUUGUAGCGAGAACGGUGCACAUGCUGAAGAAGGUGCAUCCUAUGCACGCAGAGCCCUUGCUAGUCUCGAUGGAGGUUGUGACCAGUUAGAGGUUGUCGCGGACCUUCUACUUGGCAUUUCCCUCUCCCGUCAAGCUAGAUAUGCUCCGAGUGGUACGGAGAGGGCUUCUCAGCAGCGUGAAGCCCUGAAGGUGCUUGGUGUUGCUGAAAAGAAGAUGCAAGACAAAGAUUUUAGGGUACUGUACAAUCUGAGCCUUGAAAAUGCUGAGCAGAGGAAACUAGAUGCAGCAGCACUUUAUGCAAAGAAGCUACUGAAAUUGGAGAAUGGUUCAGAAUUAAGGAGCUGGCUCCUUGUAGCUCGUAUCACGAGUGCUCAAAAACGGUUUGAAGAUGCUGAAUCUAUUGUAAAUGCUGCCCUUGAUCAGACUGCAAAGUGGUGCCAAGGAGAUCUGUUGCAAACCAAAGCCAAAAUUCAGGCUGCAAACGGGCAAUUUAAGAAGGCAGUCGAGACUUAUACCCAGCUUCUUGCUGUCAUCGAACUCAGGAAGAAAAGUUUCAACUCUGGGAUUUUUGUAUUACAGGGCACGAAGGAUGAUGGAAGCAUGGAAACAGAGGCAUGGUACAAUCUGGCCCUUCUGUACCUAAGCCUGUCACAGUGGAGGGAUACAGAGCUUUGCAUAUCCAAAAUAAAGGCUAUCAGUGCAUAUUCUCCCUUGGCUUAUCAUGCUACAGGAAAGCUACUUGAAGCAAGAGGGUUUCUAAAGGAGGCUCUUGGAGCAUACUCCAAAGCAUUAGAUCUCGACCCUAAGCACGUACCGAGUUUGAUAUGUGCCGCCGUUGCUCUUCGACAGCUUGGAGGGAGGCCCUUGCCUGCCGCAAGGUGCCUCCUAACUGACGCACUGAGACUGGACAGAACGAACCAUGUUGCAUGGUUUAACCUCGGUCUAACCUAUGAAGAUGAAGGGGGCAGUUCAUCAGCGGCACUCGAAGCUGCGGAAUGUUUUCAGGCGGCUGCCCUUCUCGAAGAAACCGCCCCGGCUGAACCUUUCAGAUAACAUCGCAUCCAACUUUUAUAGGGAAUAAUCAAACUGUGAGCAGUUGUAGGUCUCAUAUAUAGGAUGAAUAGUGGGUUUGAAGAAAAGAAGUAUACACGGUACAGAAAAUAGUAAAAAUACAAAACACAUGUAUCAUCAUAAUUGCGUUGAUUUUACCAACAUGUUGAAAUUAUAUAUAGCAUCA